AGCUAGCUACGUAAAUAUGGCUGUCGGAAAGUGAGACGCAAAUGACAAUAGUCCCGCCUGAUCCGAAAACUACGUCUACAGGGGACCGAAAGGACACAUAAGUUAUAAACCAACAUGUCUCGGCACAGAAAUGUCCGAGGCUGCAACUACGAUGAAGAAAAGGCCAAGCUCACACCCAGGCAGAGUUGCUGAGGAGGCAAAGUGAAAGCCAUCGGCUGUGUCAAAAGUACGAGAAAUGUAUCAUGCACUCACUACUGCAAGCUGUACUCAUGUAUGGACCACAUGCGUGAGGUGCCGGGUGACACAGCGCCAGAGUCUGUCCUUACCCAGGUUGCCUUGCAGUGCGCCUUCGACCCCGAGAGAGCCCUGGACACCAUCCUAUCAGACGAGAGCACCGGAGCUCCGCCCCGGUCCGCUAAGACGGGUUCCGCAAGGCCCUUGGCGACGUUUGCCGAGGCGGGGAGCAGCAGCAGCCUGGCCCAGUUGAUGUCUGAGCAUGUUCAGAAGAGUCAGAGGGCGGGACUCCCCUCACUGUCCUCAUCUACUCUGGCUGUUCUUUCUGGCCUCUCAUUGGGCACUCUAGCGUUGUUAAACUCCAACUCCGCCCCCAUUGCUACAAGUCCCCCCAACCACCUUGCCUCCUCUUUGGGUAGCUUGUCCUUAGGCAACCGCAAACUGACAGCUCCGGGCGCCAAUAUGGCCCCUCCCUCCUUCGGCAGCCUGAGCUCCGUCCUCCAGAGCAGCCGACCAAUGGAGAUAGCGACUGGGGGAGGGGCUAAGGGGGCGGAUCCCAAAGGAAGCCCGUCAUUGGCUGAGCUGAUCCAGGAACAUUCCAACAGCAGCCCCACCCUCUACAGAACACUCCCCGGUCUCCACGGCAACACAGCUCAGACCGCCGCUGGACCAGCGCCAGCUCUCACACGCUCCCUGUCCCAGCUCCCACAACCCCCAGGACCUCUGAACACACACUGUUCCCCCCAGACCCAGAUCACAACAACACCAGAACCCCACGUCCUCCCUCUGUCUCUGUUGGCCUCUCAACGUCAGCCAGUAAGCACGUUGCCAGCGGCAGACCCAGACGGACAGGUAGUACCACCUCCUGGCCUACUGGGGGAGCUCUCUCCACUAGCCUCUCAGCAACACAACAGAACUUCCUCCGACACCCCACCAUCACUCUCCCUCGCCGCACUCCUGCCACCGGGGAAACCACAGCCAAGAAGUAUCCGAGAGGGUGGAGUCAGAGAUAAAUCCCGCCCCCUUUUGUCACCCACUCCCCUGAGUCCCCGCCCACCAUGGGGUGAUCAGAGUGUUGAUCUAAGUGCGCUCAUGGCCCAGUCGUCCCACGGUGGAGUGUUGUUCGCGUGUCGCCAUGACAAAGGCCUCUCCUCGCCGUCCGCGGUCGCCUUGAGGUCAGACCACCACCGCCACGGUUCCUCUGUGUUCGCUCGACCGUCCGUCUUCGCCCUGACCCUGUCGGUGCGUGCGCCCAGCCGGGGGAAGAGGAGGAGGAUGAUGAUGAUGAAGGAGGCUGUGGGAGAUCUGAGGUUAGAGGUCGGAGGAGGGGGUCACCCUGCGUUUCUGUACGGAACACAGACCCAGCUGGUCAAAGCUAAAGAACAGACGCCCCUCUUACCCAUAACCCCUUUCACCUUCGACACGCCCUCCCCCGACGACGUCGUACGAGCCAAUCAGAAGAAGGCCUUCACCCGCGAGUAAAGGUCACUAAGGAAGUGGACUGUCUGUUGCUAGGCUACGCCCCAAAUGGCACCCUACAUUACUUUGGUCUCUGUUUUAAAAGUAGUGCGCUGUUCAGGGAAUAGGGUGUCAUUUGAGACGAAACCAAGGUGCACGGAUUAAAGAACAACAACAGAGCUGUUGGAGGUUUUAUAAAAGAAAGGGAUUUAUUCAUUUUUUUAAACGGCUGUUUUUAAAGUUAUCUGAGAGUUGUAUUAAGAAAUGUGAAAGUGUUUUAUUUUUUUCUACUGUAGGCGAGGUAAGAUUUUGGAUAGUCCAGAUAGCAUGACCGUCUACAGACGGACUAUCAACAAAACUCUUUGUUGAUAAACAACUGCUUGCUAAGGUUACGGUAACGAGGAUUAGGAUUAGAGUAAGGGUUAGGAUUAGGAUUAGAAUAAGGGUUAGGAUUAGAGUAAGGGUUAGGAUUAGGAUUAGAAUAAGGGUUAGGAUUAGGAUUAGAAUAAGGGUUAGGAUUAGAGUAAGGGUUAGGAUUAGGAUUAGAAUAAGGGUUAGGAUUAGGAUUAGAAUAAGGGUUAGGAUUAGGAUUAGAAUAAGGGUUAGGAUUAGAGUAAGGGUUAGGAUUAGAAUGAGGGUUGGGAUUAAGAUUAGUAGAUAGUUUCCAUGUUACUAUCCAAAUGACGUGUUACCAGGGUUAGGGGUUAGGGGUUGAGGGUUAGGGGUGAGG